AUGGAUUAUAGUUUUAAGAAGCCCACACUGGAGGCCUAUGAUAUUUUAUUCAAAGUUGAAAAAGGCCUGGAGGACUCUCUUGUUUUAGUUGACUAUUUAAGCAGGAACAAAAUGACGGGACUGCAGAGAGAGUACGAAGAGAGAGGAAUUCUCCCCCGCACUGAGUUGUCCUCUGGUGAAAGUAUAGACGUGGACAUGAAUGAUCUCCCAGAGGAAGACCUUCUCAAGCUGGCAGGUAGAUACUCUGAGGAAGUAGAGUACGAACUGUUCGCAAAAGCAUCGAGGCGUCUGAUGGAGUACAAUAAGUCGCUGAUGCUUCGAUUUGACAUUUGCACAGCCCAAGUGAGGAUGCUCAUUCUUCUCGGGUGGAAAGAGAAGCUAGAUAAAAAAAUGGAAGAAAUUGAAUCGAUCAUUGAGCUGGGCAUUGACUGGGGAAGAAAAAACAAGUUCAAAGUGUACAAGAGUCUGUACCACAUUCUAAAGUGCGAAUACGACACAGCGUCUAAUCUGCUGAUCGAUGCGCUCUCUACUUUUGAAGGAGGAGAGCUGAUGACGUACUCAGAGCUCGUCAAAUACUCUCUGUUCUGCGGCCUCAUGGGCCUAUCUAGACAAAGCAUUCGGAGCAAGCUUGUAGAGUCAAGCGAAGUGUGCGAUGCAGCAAAGGAUGUUCCAAGCGCGCUCGAUCUGCUAAUGUCCUUGGACAAGUGCGAAUACGACACACUAUUUGUGAGUAUGUGCAAGUUUGCAGAGGAGCUGAGAAGCAAUGCGUAUCUCUUUGACAAGGUAGACUAUUUUGUGUACAGAAUGAAGGUAAGGUCGUACAACCAGCUGUUCAUGAGCUAUAAGGCUAUUUCGAUCAAGCAGAUGUCAUCUAUCUUCGGAGUGGGGCAGGAGUACAUGCUGUCCGAUGUCGAGGGCAUGAUACUGCGAGGAGAUCUCCGGUGCAGAAUCAACCAUCAGAACAUGAUGGUGUACAAGACACCAAAUGACAGCACGGACAAGAUAGGAGAGCAGGCUGAAGAGAUUCUGCACACCAUACAGAAGAUGAUAGCCAGUGAAUAA